AUGAUUCGGAUGUUAAUCAAAAAAUUCAUUCACUCCUGCAAGAGUAUUUCCAUGUCUUAACCAGAGAUUAAAUUAUAUUCAAGAUUAUACGAUCAGAGAUGAUCAGACAACGAUAACUCUGAGUGAGUAUAUAAAUAUGUCACUCAGAAUAGGCGAAACAUUCAAACUUGAAAAUUUGAUAUUUACACUUAUUAUUAUAAUAUUUCACUACUUUUUAUUGCAUUGAACUAGAAAUGGUCAGUAAAACAAAAUAUCGUAUUCUCAUGUCAAGUAUCGACGCAUUCGGACACAUCAACUGCACAUUGGCAUUGGGUGAGAUCCUUGCUUCAUAUGGACAUCAAAUAACAUUUGCUCAUCACUCUUACCACAAGAAGCUUGCCGAUAAACGAAACUUCAAGUUCAUUCCUUUUGAUGCAAAACUCUUUGAGAAUGUUCGACCUGCCUCAGCGGUUGAAUGGCACGAUGGACAUUUACACAAAUUCCGUGUUGAUGCAUUAUCAAUCUUUAAAGACUGGACACCAGAAGAUAUCGAAAAUUUUGGCGAAAUUGUUAAUGUAUUUGAACGCAACAGUUUUGCAUUAGAAGCUAUAUUCAAAGAAAAUGCAGAUAACUUCGACUUGUUUAUCGGUGAUUUUGUUAUGAGACAACCAGCUUUUUAUCGAGCGUCUUUUCCUUGUGCAUUGAUUCACUCAAUGAACCCACUUCCUCUCUAUCCCAAUGGACCUCCACCAUGGUCAGGUUUUUCAGUGAAGGAAAAAGACACUGAAAAGUGGGAUAAAUUUCGAGAACUGAGUGGAGUAGCUUUAAGAGCUAUUCGUGAAAAUUUAUAUUCUUGGUGGAGAUCUAAUGGAACACCUUUGCCUGCUAUGCAAGAUACAAGAAUCGAGAAUUGGUUUAAUGCUGAACCUGAACAACUUGGUAUUUAUCAUUACCCCGAACUUUUAGAUUACCAUGAAAUUGGUCCAAUAAGGUCUGAUAAAUGGAUUCGACUAGAUUGUGCCAUUCGCGAACCAGACAAUGUGGAACCAUUUAUUAUCCCUGAAUCAUUGAAGCAUUUGCCAGGAAAAUUGAUUUACUUUUCAUUGGGUUCAUUAGGGUCAAUUCAAAUAGAUUUGAUGAAAAGUUUCAUUAAAAUCUUGUCAAAAAGUCCUCAUCGUUUCAUCGUCUCUAAAGGUCCUAAAGGAGAUCAGUUUGAAUUGGGAUCAAACAUGUGGGGUGAAAAUUAUGUCAAUCAAAUAGGUAUUCUUGAGGUUGUUGAUUUGGUCAUUACUCAUGGUGGGAACAAUACAUUUUUGGAAACAAUUUAUGCUGGAAAACCUUUGAUUGUGGUUCCUUUUUUCAUGGAUCAACCCGAUAAUGCUCAACGAGCAGUUGAUUGUGGAAUUGGUUCUCGAAUCAAUCUUUAUGAAAUUGAUGAAGUUAAAGUUUUAAACACU